AUGAGCAGCGGAAUAGAGCUUGAGCACAUCGACGCCGUCGAUGCCUUUGCCAGAACACUAUUUGUUCGAGUCGAAAAUCAUCCGUCACCACUUUUUACCGAAGUUGGCGCUUCCGUACGGCGACUGCACCUUGCUUUACGACAUCUACGAGUAGAAGCUGCUGACCCUGACUCAUUGCUAAGAAGCGCAGAUGCUUCUGUUUACGCACGUCAGCUCAGACCUAUCGUGGAAGACUGUGACUUUGCCCUGAAGCAGCUUAAAACCAUCCUAGAGAAGUUUGAUGGUGCUGGUGGCCGAGAAACAGAUGGACUGGUAGAUCGGAUAGCCGCGGUGCGGUCUCGCCUUGCCAACGAGACAACGAGCGUCGAUAUGUUUCUGGAUACGGUACAAUUGAAUAAUCCUGCGAAUAAUGCACCCGAGGUUGUUCCCCAAGGAAGCGAUUCCAAUUUGGAAAAUAUUAAAGACAAGGUCGACAAUAUCGCUGCACGAUUGUUUCGUCGUUGGAAUGCAAAUAGCGGCAUCAUGAAUGACGAGGAUAGCAUGUGGCAAGAAUUCAAGUCUGAACUUGAGAUGGAAGGAUUCUCCCCCCACAUUCUGCACCAACACAAGGAGGUGCUUCGCGCAUAUAUUCGUGAGCUUCAGGCUAUGUCACCGGCUAAUGGCGGUUCUCCUCCGACGGUACGGGGUUUGCUUGAGCACGAAGCCGCAAAGAGACCACCACCACUUCCACCCAAGGCGCCUUUGUCCCCAAAAGAGCUGUACUCAUCUUGUGUGGAAAACGAGAAGUGUUUCCCUAGCAUCAAGCAAGAGCGGCGCAUGCCUGAUCACGCUCCUGUGGCUGGUGCAUCUGGGAACGAGAAUCGUUCAUUCUCCGAUGACGGGUCGGCUGCGGUGGGGGGCUCCCUUGCUCUUAUUUCCACCAAAGACUUGAUGAAUAUGGACAGAAUCAGUGCAGAAAUGGCUCUUAUGCAUUUAAAACCAUCUAGCUCACAUCUGGGGGCCCCCGAUGUGAGGAGCAACCCAGGCUUGACACCUCCUGGGAUGUCGGGAAGCUGGCCACCUCCGCAUAUGUCCACUGGACAAUCCAAUCUCCCCAAUUCCGUGGGCGGAUCUCCUAAUAUAGGCUUUCUGCAGACAGGAUAUCUAUCUGCCUCCAGAGCGCAACCAGGUAGCUUCUCUUCAAGCCCAGGACUUGGAUCUCGUCUGGCACCUGAUAGGUAUGGCAAAGAGAUCCCCAUGGACGCACCCUGGACAAAGAUCCGAAGGUCGUUGGUUAGCCCAGAGGUACUGCAGCGUGCCGGUGUCCGGUACGAGGCGCGACCAGAAUACGUGGCAGUUCUCGGGAGACUAUCCCGAGAGCAAAUAGAGGAGUAUGCUAGACAGAGUGCAGCCUGUCGUGCUGCUCGAUCAGGAGGAUAUCCACCAGCGCAACGUCAAGACCGGUAUGCCCAUCGCGACAGAGCCGACUCAAAGAGCAGCCGCGAAGAUAAUGACGACGAAAGUGUUUUAUGGGAUGAAAGCGAUGCAACAGAUCUUGACGAUGCGACGUCAAAAAGAGGGCAAAGAAACUAUCCAUACAUUGUCAGUCCACCCAAUGAGGACAAUACGUCUCCUUCUAGCACUGUGAUGCCAAAGCCUAUUCUGAAGAACAAGAACGAAAACCGCGUACGGUUCGAUCCAGAGCCCCAUGAGGUAGACAUUAAGAGUUCGAAACCAUAUGACGAUGGCUAUAUUAGAAGGCGAGAAAACGACUCGCGGAGAAACCGCGACCAUCGGGAUAGCGGAAAACGAGAGGAGAGACCACGCGGAGAUGACAACCGUCACAGAUACCCAAAUCGCAGCGAACAUGGCCGUCGAAGGAACCGCAGAGAUGAGAGACACAUGAGGAGGAAAACAUGGGGCGAAACCAUUGGUGCUGUGAGCAUCGGUGGUGCCGCCGCAAGUCUCCUCGGUGUCUUGACGGAAGCAGCAGUUGGAUUCUAG